AGUUUCACCGCCUUGCAUUCGGUUUCGCAGGCUGGUAUGAUGCGGCAGCGUGGGGCAACUUUGAGGCGGAAUAGGAGGGAAUAAAGUGGAUUUAAGUGGACUCCAAAGUUGCCCCCCAUCACGAGGAACGGGUUGUACCGUAAGGUCGGUGAAAACAACUGAAAAACAUGACCGAGCCUUUACGUUUCAUUGGCGGUGUGUGGCGCCGCUGUGCUCCUCAGCGAAGCCAUCCGGCGAACGGCGCGUCUUCUCCCCACAGAUUACUGGAUCUACCUGCUGGAAGCGGUGUCCACCUUCCAGCUCUGCUGCUGCACACAUGAGCUCAAACUGCUGGGCGAAACGCUCCAACUGGAGGCCUCAAUCGCCCUAACAAUCACAUACACCAUGACAAUCAUACAUUUAUCAACUUUCCGCGAAGCGACGUGCAACCCAAGCGGUGCCCUGGAGAGCGUUUGCCGCGGCAGCGGCAGCGUCAAAGCGGCUGGAAUCCUCAUCGCUUGUCAGUUCGCCGCUGGGUUCGCCGCGCAGUUUUUCGCAGCGUCUGUUUGGUCGCUUGGUCUUUCUGAGGUCCACAUCAAACACCAGAGGUUCGGGUUCCGGUGCUUCGACCCCCUUGGUGGGACUCUGCUGGAGGCAGCGGCGGUGGAGCUUGGUUGCGCCUUCUUCGUUCAAGCUGUCGCCAUGCACGUCCACAAGCUGUACGAAAAACUUCGUGUUCACUUCAUCGCUGCUGCCGUCACUGUUGUGGUUUACGCAGGUGGAAGUAUUUCUGGUGCCGUCUUUAACCCGGUCCUGGCCUUCUCCGUCCAGUUCCCCUGCAGCGGACACUCCUACCCAGAGUACUGCUUUGUGUACUGGCUCGGGCCGGUCCUGGGUGUGGCGAGCUGCAUCCUGCUGUUUGAGAAGAUCGUCCCUUUCCUCUCGGGAAAAAGCACCAUCAGAUUGGACAAACCUGCUGUGCAGAACCAGAAGAAGACCCAGUAACUGAUGAGAGGAAAGUCAAAAACAGUAGUGUCUUUUUAUUCCAGAAGUCUAAGUGGAUAAUAACAGGACAGCAUUUGAGGUUCAAACUAGAGAUUGUCAUUAAUGCACAUCAGGCAAAUGCUUACAAACCAGCAGUACUUAAGCAGACGUUAAGGCAAUAACAUUAGCUUUUAGUAUGCAAAUGAACACCAAGUGCUGAGAUUUAGCACCUUUUUAAAUAUUCUUCAGUGUCAAACUAAUCCAGUGACAGCAGUGUGUACAUGUUUGUAUUCACUGCAAACAGGAAGGGCUUCAGUGUACUUUUAAAGUUUCUAAUGGGACGUUUAAUAACUUAAGUUUGGUUUGAAGUGAAACUAAUUCAGGUACAGGCUGACAGAGAAUGAGAAUGGGGCCAUACCAUUCCUCAUCUGACGAACUAGGAAGCCACGACAUAAACAUGAGGAACACCUCACCACACCUGUUUUACCAGCUCAACCUCGAGUCCUUGCAUCUGCUCUUAAACAGCACUGGUUUCAUGUGAACUGGCAUUUCAGCGUUGCCCUCUUUGAGAGUUGUUGCUUUAACACCAAUACAAAUGACAGUACUGUGAUGGAACCAAAACUCCAUGCUAAUUGUUAUUUUAUAUUCCAUUUUGACUUUAAAAUGAUGUUUUUAUAGAUCUCAUACCAGACGUAAGGUCAUUAAUUUAACUUUACCUCAUUUUUGCCAAAUGUUUUUCACAUGAAGACUGUCAAAAAUCACUACGGAAGAACUUUAUAUAACUGUGAUUAAUUCACUGACACAAUCACUGCUUUACGAGCACACUAAUGAACCAAAGUGCACACUGAUAAACAUGGGGAUAAAAGUGGUUAAUAUGCAGGUGGUUAUUACAUUACAGCCCCCAGAUUAUUGCCUUCUCUUUGCACUUUCAUAAGCCCGUUUUAUUAUAUUACAAUGUCAUACCUGCACAUGCUGGGACAGAAGAGAUGCUCAAUGUUUCUAAAUAAAAACAUAUAAAAUAGAUGGAAAACUAUUUGAAAUAGAACAAAAGAUGUAAUAAAUUCAAUGCAGUUAAAUAUAAAAGACAAUAAAAUGUGUCAGACUUUAAAGUAAUGUAAAAUUAAAUGAAAGGCAAUCAAACAUUUAUAAAUACAAGUCAAAAAAAGGUGAUCAAUUACAAAAAAAACAUAUUUAAAAGCAAAAUUAAAGAAAAUACACAAACAUUUUUUAAAAAUUAAAUAGCAGACAAUAUAAUAAUACAAAAUAACUCUAAAAUAAAUCAUAUAAAUAUAUAUAUUAUCAUAUUAAAUAUGCUAAAAGUCAGGGUUAGUUUUAGGGAGUGCACAUUAUUCCCAUUUAACCUUAAAUAAAAAGGGCUUUGGUGGAGGUUAGUAAGGGUUGAAGGGAAACACAGAGGUUUGUUUUAGUUUUAUUAAGUUUAAUGUCAGUUUAUUACGCACAAUUAUUACAGCAUUCAAUUUCCUCACGUUGGGAAUUACACUAACAUGUUUCUGACACACUUGACGACAAAUAAAUGUAACUUUUUAUUUCAUUAAGAUGACCAAAGCUUCAGUUUCCUGCUUACUAUUUUCAUUUUACUGCAUAAAUCAUGUGGCUGUUAGCGUUGUGAAUAAUAACUGAUGUCGUCUUUGAGGGGAAUAUUGUCUGACUUCUAGUUUAAGGUGCUUUUUUUCCCAUUAAAAACUACACUUGUCGUUCUGUGAACCAAAGACAGAUUAAUUUACAACGUUAAUACCUCUGGAGUCUGGAUGAUAAGGAUAUUAAAGAUAAAGUGAAUAAACGUGUUUCUGUCGUCAGAUUGCUAUAUAUUUUUAAAUAACAGGUUUGGUAUAAUGUUGUAAUUUAAAUGCAUUUGUAAUAUAUUGAAUAAAACAUUUUCUGAAAUAUCUCAA